AUGGAGAAGGAGACAGUUCCCAAGAAAUCAUGCAUUAUACGUUACGUUCUGGCUCACGUUAGAAUAUUCAUAUCGGGUAAUGCAGCUGUUCGCUCGAUCACUAAUAUGAACAUCCAGUCGCUCUUCCUCAUCGUGGUCUUCCAGAUCAGUAUCGUCUACGGUCUAGAGCGCCUCUGUGGCAGGACGCUUGCUGAUGUGUUAGACCUCAUAUGCCAGGGACGGGGCUUCCACGGCGAUACAGGAAUCGACCACGAGAAACGAUCAUUCCGCAACCAGAUGAUCACCCGGCGGCAAGCUACUACCUUUCUGGUGGGAAGCACGGUGCCUCCCUCAAUGGCGGCCCGCGAUGGCGUAGUGGAAGAAUGCUGUCUGAGACACUGCACCUACGAGACAUUAGAAUCCUACUGCGCGGAACCAUCCAGUACGGAUGAUGAAAUCGACCUAGAGGAGUUCUUGAACCCUUCUUCUUCGUCAACGAGCAGCACGACCAGCACAACACGCCUAAGGACUACCACCGCCGGACCCCCCACGACAAGACAGUUCCGCCAUCUACCAGCCUCCCUCAAGGGACGUACGUUCUUUUACAUCAGAAACCAAGAGGAACAAGACAAGAAAAAGAAGAGGGGGUCUCGCAAUGUCCACAAACCACUAAAAACAGCCUUCAAAACCAAAGGAAAGGAAGAUGAGGUCACGAAAGCGAACUGAGGAGAUGUGAACUGGGGGACAUCCGUCCAGGCUGUUAUCUUGUUUGUGAUUGGUGGAGGCUUCGAUCAUGUGGUGGCGCUGUGAUCAGGAAGGUGCGCCUGGUGGUGGAAUUCAGCACGACGGCUGUGAUCAGUUUAUGUUACUACGUUGGCGACCGUUUUUGCCUUAUGAUAGAGAACUGCUUUAUUUUUUAUGUCAUUCUGGACUGCGUAUCAUCGACUAUUGCAACAUGAUAGAUUCUUUAGAACUCUAGAACAGGACUGCUUGUAAGAAAGCUCAAACCGUAUUUCACGCCGCUCAGGACAGCGUUCUUCGUAUUUCGAAAGGAAGAACACACCCUCUGGGUGACUUGUAAAUGAAGAUUACAUGUGAUUUCCAGUUCUCGGCGAAAGGAUGGUGCUCAUGGUCAACCCUUGCUUCUCAAUGUGUAAUCAAGCAAGGGAGAAGUUUCGCCUGUCCGCUGGAAGCGGUGUCUCGCGCUCAAAAUUGAAUCUACAAAGCGUCAACCGAAAUCUGUCACGAUAAAAGAAUAGAGUAUACCGGGUACACGGACACUUUUUCGGCGUGACACCGAUUGCUGUUUCACCAAACAAGGCCGGGUUUUUUUCAUCACACGCAGUUCAUUUCAGGCAAAUGUUCAGCAGUUUCUUCGGUUUGAACUUUCCAGUGGCCUGCGCUGGCCCACCCGUGGCCUGUUCAUCUAGAUCUCCUUCUGCAGCCUUUCAUCAUGCUAUUACGCUUGAUACAUUACGUUUAAUUGCCCUUGCCGAUUUUGGCCCAUCGAACCCAUGAAUACUGUUUCAAGGGGUUUGAUGUUAUCAAGAUUUGCCCUGAUCAGCCUUAGAUAAUGAUAAGACAGAUGAACAACGGGAAUCCAGGUCUAGGCGUAAGCGGACUUUUUCAUGAUUGUUGAAGUGGGCUGGACCUGAAUUAAUUCUUUUAAUUGCGAGGUAAGGGUAAACAAAUGUAAUGUCAUGAUGUUAUGCUGUAUUUUGUGUGAGCAGUUUAGGGUGUAUUUUGGAGUAAACGCUACGUAGUGAUAGCUGCUGCUGUUUAAUGUUGUGUGUCGAGUUAGAAUUUACAGCAAAUGUCAAUGUCCAUAGACCGCAGAGAAAGAUUCUGGAUCAACUGCUGUAUCAAAGAGACUUUACAAUCAUUAAUUAUCAUAUCGGCUUUUAGUUUGUUGGAGACUUUGAUUGUAUUCCGGUCAAUGUCAUCACUUGGAAUAUGGCCAAUGAUGUCAUGUCGGCCUGACCCUGUGAUGGUCCUCUGGACCAACCAUGCCCGCAGUGGCAUAAUGUAUUACAAAUAAAAAUUCUGAAAAAAAGGUCA